AUGGGUCACAAACUUAGUCUUUAUGUUUGGGUCACAGGUAAAUGCUCUUUCGCGUGGUUUACAAGGCUGAGUGAAAUUGAGAUUUUAGCCCAACUAUUGGAACCGUAUUUUUUGGUGCUUCCGGGCCUAAAAGUGGCCCAAAUCAAUGUUGUUGGAGGUGGUGAUCUUGAAAUUGAUCUACUUGGAGUUGGUGAUGUGUUUGUUGCAUUUCUGGGACAGCAAUUGGCAGCCGCUGGAUUCCGUAAUUAUCUGACAGCUACUGCGACCCGAGGACUCAAAACGAAGGCGAUGACCCAUAAACGUUGGGAGUUGCCUUGGUCCCUGUGGUCCUGUGGAGCUGGGAAGCGCGAGCCUAUUUUUGGCUUUAGAGAAAAGGAAAAAAAAGAAAUCGGGUUUUUUCUUUCCUGA